UUCUCUUUCACAUUCUUGUGCUUUUGCAGCUGAGAGCCGCUGGAGGGUGGGGGAGACUGAGCGGCAGGCACUAGAAAUGUCAGACAUCCUCCAGGAACUGCUCCGUGUCUCAGAGAAGGCUGCAAACAUCGCCAGGGCCUGCCGGCAGCAGGAGGCCCUCUUCCAGCUGCUUAUCCAGGAGAAGAAAGAUGCCGAGAAGAACAAGAAGUUUGCUGCAGAUUUCAAGACCCUGGCGGAUGUGCUGGUGCAGGAAGUUAUAAAACAGAACAUGGAGAGCAAGUUUCCAGGCUUGGGGAACAAAAUUUAUGGAGAAGAAUCCAAUGAGUUUACAAAUGAUUUGGGGGAAAAGAUCACGGUAGAACUGCAGUCCACGGAAGAGGAAACAGCAGAACUCCUCAGCAGAGUCCUCAAUGGCAACGUGCCGGCAUCUGAGGCAUUGGCUAAGGUGGUUCACGAGGACGUGGACCUGACUGACCCCACUCUGGAGUCCCUGGAGAUCAGGAUCCCACCCGACAUUCUUGGGAUUUGGGUGGAUCCCAUAGAUUCAACCUAUCAGUAUAUUAAAGGUUCUGCCGACGUGAAAGCCAACCAAGGAGUUUUCCCCAGUGGACUUCAGUGUGUGACCAUUUUAAUUGGUGUCUAUGACACACAGACAGGCAUGCCUCUAAUGGGAGUCAUCAACCAGCCUUUUGUGUCUCAAAACCUAAGUACUCUAAGGUGGAAGGGACAGUGCUAUUGGGGCCUUUCUUACAUGGGGACCAACAUCCAUUCCCUGCAGCUCUCUAUCUCUCAAAGGAAUGAUGAUGAAACCCAGACUGAAAGCUCGGACACGGAGUUUUCCCGCCCCUUUUCUGCAGUCAUCAGUACAAGCGAGAAAGAGACCAUCAAAGCCGCAGUAGCGCGCGUAUGCGGAGGUAGCGUCUUCCCCGCGGCUGGGGCUGGUUACAAGAGCCUCUGUGUCGUCCAGGGCCUGGCUGACAUUUACAUCUUCUCAGAGGACACUACGUACAAGUGGGACUCCUGUGCUGCUCAUGCCAUUCUGAGGGCCAUGGGUGGGGGCAUCGUAGAUAUGAAAGAAUGCUUGGAGCGAAGUCCACAGACGGGGCUCGAUUUGCCACAGUUGCUAUAUCACAUGGAAAACAAAGGUGCCUCUGGGGUGGAUCUCUGGGCUAACAAGGGAGGACUAAUAGCAUACAGGUCCAGGAAUCGGCUGGAUACCUUCCUGAGUCACCUCAUUCAAAACCUCGGGCCUUCGGAGACACAAACAUAGGACUCUGACCUCAGUGUGCCCGUAAGCCAAACUGAAACUUUUCCUGU